AUGCAAGUUACCAGAAGACACUGCAUGAUCUGGCGGAACCGAAUUUCACGGUUCUCUUCUCGAGCUGAAUUGGAUUUGAACUUGACCCGGAAACCCGACCCGGUUCCUGUGACGAUUACCAAACAAGCCUUCACGGCGCAGUUGGAGUCAUGCUCGUCACACCCAGACCAGCUGAAGCAACUCCACGCCGUGAUUCUCACCACCGGAAUCUCCGUCAAGAACAGCCUCCUCACGCGUCUCAUCACCAGCUUCAUAGCCCUGGGGGAAACUUCCUAUGCACGCAAGGUGUUCGACGAAAUGCACAAGCCGAGAGUAUUUCUAUGGAACACGAUGAUCAAGGCUUAUGUGAAAGAUGGAGACUUUAUCGAGGCGGCGGCGGUGUAUAGGAGAAUGCAUAGACUAGGUGUCCGUCCGGACGAGUUUACGUACACUUUUGUAGUUAAGGCGUGUGCUCAGCUUCUGCCGUGGGCGGGGCUGGCGGUUGCGGCGCAUGCGGUGAAAUAUGGGUUGGAGUUUGUGGCGGAAGUGAGGACGGAGAUGGUGGUAAUGUGUGUGAGAAAUAGAGAGUUGGGAUUGGCGCGGUUUUUAUUUGGAAGUAUGGUUGAGAGGGAUUUAGUUGCUUGGAAUGCUUUUGUUGCUGCGUGCGUGCAGAGUGGACAUGCUGCCGAGGCUCUUGAUUUGUUUCGCAGGAUGCGUGUGGCGGGAGUGAAGCUUGACGCUGUUACAAUUGUGAGUGCUUUUUCGGCUUGUGGGCAGUUGGGGUGUUUGGAGACUGGGGAGGAAAUAUAUGGGAUUAUGAGACAAUGUGGGAUUGGUUGCAAUGUGAUUGUUGCCAAUGCGCGGCUUGAUAUGUAUGUCAAAUGCGGUAGUGUAGACAUGGCUGAGGCUUUGUUUGAGGAUAUGUCUCGGAGAAAUGUUAUUUCCUGGAGCACUAUGGUGUUGGGGUAUGCCAUGAAUGGGGAGAGCCGGAAGGCGUUGGAUAUGUUUUCGAGGAUGCAAGAGCGUGGAGUUGCGCCCAACCAUGUUACAUAUCUGGGAGUUUUAUCUGCAUGCAGCCAUGCUGGGCUGGUGAAUGAAGGCAGGGCUUAUUUUAAGCGCAUGGUUCAAUCCGGUGACAAGAAUAUUCAACCGAAAAUAGAGCACUAUGCUUGUAUGGUUGAUCUCCUUGGUCGGUCAGGACAUCUUGAGGAGGCUUAUAACUUCAUAAGAAGUAUGCCAAUUGAACCGGAUUCUGGGGUGUGGGGAGCCUUAUUGGGUGCGUGUGCAGUCCACCAAAAUGUUGAACUGGGUCAGCAUGUAGCUGAUGUGCUUUUUGAAUUAGAUCCUGCUAAUGGUUCAUAUCAUGUCUUGAUGUCAAACAUGUACGCGGCUGCUGGAAGGUGGGACUGUGUUGAUAAGGUGAGGCUCAAAAUGAGAAAAAGAGGUGCUAAGAAAGUAGCUGCCUAUAGCUCUGUAGAAUUUAAUGGAAAAAUCCAUAUAUUCUUUGGUGGUAACAGAUUCCGUCCAGAAUCAUCAAAAAUAUAUGAAAAGUUGGAGGAUCUAUUAAGACAGGUGAAGAAUAUAGGUUAUACUCCUAAUACCAACUCUGUGUUCCAUGAUGUGGGAACAGAGGAAAAGGAAGCCACACUCAGUCAUCACAGUGAAAAGCUUGCCAUUGCAUUUAGUCUUCUAAGUCUACAGCCUGAAUGCUCAAUUAGAGUGGUGAAGAACUUACGGAUAUGUGAUGACUGCCACAGUUUCUGUAAAUUUGUCUCUAAAGCAACCAAAAGGGAGAUUAUCAUGAGAGAUAAAAUCCGUUUUCAUCAUUUUAGAAAUGGUGAGUGUUCUUGCAACAACUUUUGGUGAUCACAAGGGACAAUGAUAACCGGAAAUGUCAAGGAGUAGAGAGAUGUGUUUUAGAUCAACUUCACAGUGUUCUUGCUCCAUUUUCUCUUAAUCUUGAGGUGUGAUUGCAGAAUCA